AUGGCCGAGUGGCAAGUGGUAUUGUCGCUAACUGCUAGAAAUUCGGUUUCAAAAGCCGUAAGUUCUAUGGAAGGUAAUCGUGUUAAAAAAUUCAGACAUGUAAACUUUUGCUCCACAGGAAUGACUUUCAGAGAUCUGGAGUUUGCUUACAGGAGAGAAGUACCUUACUAUUCUAGAAAUGAGACCUUGUUCAGCACCACAAACCAAUCUUUCAUCGCUUCAUACGGACGAUGUGCCGAACAGUGUAUCGAGGAUUUGAGUUGUAACGCCUUAGAACUGUGUUCCAUACUAGGUGGUUCUGAGUGCAGGGCUACCACCGGUCUGCUCAAUACAGCGUCUCAGACAUACAAGACUGAGACUUGUAAACAAUUUGUAAUGGACUUGUCGUGUGGUGACGAUUCCUUUCCAGAUAGAAGACAGGGCCUUUGUAUAUUUGAUGACUGUUCAGACUGUGAUUGUGUCAGAAAAUACAAAACAGAGUCUGGAGGGUACGGUUUAAAUAUGGAUGGGAAUCUAGUGUUUGUUUUAUGUGAAUUUGAAUCUAAUCAAACCUGGACGGUCAUUCAGAAUCGACAUAACGGAUCUGUCGACUUUGACAGAGGUUGGCAGAAAUACACAGAUGGAUUUGGAUCAGUGCUUACUGAGUACUGGAUAGGAACUGAAUAUAUCCAUCGACUGACCCUGUCUGGAUUAACGACAAUAAAAAUUGAUCUGGAAGACCAUGACGGAAACAAAAGAUAUGCAGAGUAUAGCUUGUUCAAUGUGUCUGAUGGGAAUGAUCACUAUAGGCUGUCCAUAUCAGGUUAUUCCGGAACUGCUGGUGACACAAUGUCAUCUGUUAAUGGAGAUGAAAAAGCUGAUGGAGAAAUGUUUAGUACCUUUGAUAAUGACCUUGACACUUCCGGUAAAAACUGCGCUGCACAAGGCAGAAGCGGCUGGUGGUAUGGAGGAUGUACUUAUAGCAGCAUAAACGGCGAAUAUGAUAACAACAGCAAUAAUAAAGGAAUCAACUGGAAAACUUUUAGAGGAAUGGGCUACUCUCUGAAAGCGUCGAAAAUGAUGGUUAGACGUUCAUAAACUAUAGUGGUACCAGUGUAAAGAACGCGUCUUGUUACAUGUAAUAGCACUCAAAAAUAGUUUAAGGGGGGUGUGUGGCUAUAUUGUACAUUUGAGGAUAAGAAUGUAAACAUUUCUUAAACUGGCUUGUUUAUAUCUGAAAUUGGUCUAAAAU